AUGUUACAAAGUACACCAAGUAUUGCUGAAGAAGAUGAAAAUAAUGAUAAUGAACAAUAUGAUUAUGAUCGCUUGCAAUUUCCUAUUGAUAAACGAUUAGAUACUAGUCUUCUUAAGAAUCAACAUGAACAAUUACCUCAAAUAACUUCACCAACAACAACUGGUUUGAGUUCAUGGCGUAUUCCACGUCUUCUAUUAAAUUUUAUAUCCGUCUCACCACAUAUGCUUGCUCAAGCUGAAGAACGACUAUAUCAAGAUUUAAAAAAUAAGUAUUACGGUGAAUAUGUACAUAUUCGUGGUGAUAAUCUAAUUUGGACAGUACGAAGUUUAAAUUCACCACCAGAUACAAUACCUAUUGUACUUAUACAUGAUUUUGGUUGUGCUAGUGGUAUAUGGGUACAAAAUAUUGAUUUUUUAAGUGCACGUCAUCCUUUAUAUAUGUUUGAUAUACUUGGUUUUGGCCGUUCAUCACGACCAUGUUUUGAUCAAACAAAUAAUAUAAGUGCUGAAACAAAAUUUGUUGAAUCCAUUGAAGAUUGGCGUAUAGCUGUUGAUUUACAAACAAAAUUCUAUUUAAUUGGUCAUGGUUUUGGAGCUUAUUUAGCUACAUUAUAUACGCUGAGAUAUGGACAAUUUAUUAAAAAAUUAAUACUUCUUGAUCCAUGGGGUUUUAAUCCAAAACCUGAUGAAAAUCAAUUAAAUUUAAGUACACCAUUAUGGAUUAAAUUAAUUGCUUAUAUUACACAAACAUGGACAUCAUUUUCUGCAUUUCGUUAUUUUGGACCAUUAGGUUUACCAAUACUAAAACUACUUGCACCACGAUGGAAACGUUUAGCACCAAUAGAUUCAUCAUAUGAAAAAUCCAAUGCACUCUAUGAAUAUCUAUAUCAUGUUAAUGUUCAACCAGCUAGCGGUGAUGUCGGUUUUCAAGCAUUAGCAUCAUGGUAUGGUUGGGCGAAAGAACCAAUAGUUCAAGUUGAACAUUCACGUAUAGAAAGUAUAUCAGAUGAAAUUCCAAUUGUAUUCAUAUAUGGUUCACGUACGAGUAUUGAUAAUACAGCUGCACAUCAAAUUCUUCAUCAACGUGGUCCAAAUAAUACUUAUAUUAAAAUUAUUCAUAAUGCGGCACAUUUCUUUUUCAUGGAAAAACCCAUUCAAUUUCAUGAAGUCAUAAGUGAAAUUUUAACUGAUUUACCAGUUUACUUUCGUACAUUAGCAUCCGUAGAUAGAACAAUUACUACAACAGUACUUCCACCAGAUCGCUUCCGUACAAUUGAAUCAUUAAAACGACUUAAUUGGAAUAAUACUGGACCUGAACAAUUAGCUCGCGCUGAAAUGAAAGUAUUUGAAACAUUAAAAUCCAAAUUUCAAGGUCGACAUAUUCCUGUUUCAAAUAAUACACAAAAAAUCUGGACUGUUUAUUCAAAUAUAACAUCUAAAAACUACCCACUAGUCCUUGUGCAUGGUUUCGGUGGUGGCGUUGGUUUAUGGAGUUUAAAUCUCGAUCAAUUAUGUCUUGAUCGACCUGUUUAUGCUCUUGAUUUGCCAGGUUUUGCACAUAGCAGUCGACCAGUAUUUAGUCUUGAUCCAAUUGAAGCUGAACAACAAUUUGUUGACAUGCUCGAAGAAUGGAGAAUUGGUAUUGGAUUAAAUGAACCAUUUAUAUUACUUGGUCAUAGUUUUGGCGGAUUUUUAUGUGCUGCAUACGCAUUACGAUAUCCAAAAUAUGUCAAACAACUUAUAUUAGCUGAUCCAUGGGGUAUGGGGCAAAAACCAGAUGAUUGGCAAACGUCACCUAUGCAACGUAUACCACCAUCGUUAAGAUCACUUUCAUCUGUAAUAAUGAAAUUUUCUCCACUUGCUGCACUUCGUGCAGCAGGACCAUUUGGCGUUAAAAUAAUGAAGUACUUCCGAGCUGAUUUACGUAUAAAAUUUGAAAAAUUAUUUGACGAUGAUAGAGUAUUAGUUUAUCUAUAUCAUUGUAAUGCUCAAGUGCCAACUGGUGAAGAAGGUUUUCGAACAAUAAGUGAUUGUCUUGCUUGGGCAAAACAACCAAUGGUUGAUCGAAUACAAUUAAUUGACGAAAAAAUUCCAAUACAUUUUCUACAUGGUGAAGAAUCUUGGGUUGAUGUUGCACCAUCGGUAAUGGCGAAAUCAAAAUGUGAAAAUGUUACUAUAGAUACAAUUCCAAAUGCUGGACAUCAUGUUUAUGCUGAUGCACCGGUAGAAUUUGAAGCAUAUUUAAAAAGAGUGUUAAUCAACAAAGAAUGA